AACAGUCUGUUUAGCUGGGUUAGUAACAGUCUGUUUAGCUGGGUUAGUAACAGUAACAGUCUGUUUAGCUGGGUUAGUAACAGUAACAGUCUGUUUAGCUGGGUUAGUAACAGUCUGUUUAGCUGGGUUAGUAACAGUAACAGUCUGUUUAGCUGGGUUAGUAACAGUCUGUUUAGCUGGGUUAGUAACAGUAACAGUCUGUUUAGCUGGGUUAGUAACAGUAACAGUCUGUUUAGCUGGGUUAGUAACAGUCUGUUUAGCUGGGUUAGUAACAGUAACAGUCUGUUUAGCUGGGUUAGUAACAGUAACAGUCUGUUUAGCUGGGUUAGUAACAGUCUGUUUAGCUGGGUUAGUAACAGUCUGUUUAGCUGGGUUAGUAACAGUCUGUUUAGCUGGGUUAGUAACAGUCUGUUUAGCUGGGGGUUAGUAACAACAGUCUGUUUAGCUGGUUAGUAACAGUCGGGUUUAGCUGGGUUAGUAACAGUCUGUUUAGCUGGGUUAGUAACAGUCUGUUUAGCUGGGUUAGUACAGUAACAGUCUGUUUAGCUGGGUUAGUAACAGUAACAGUCUGUUUAGCUGGGUUUGUAACAGUAACAGUCUGUUUAGCUGGGUUAGUAACAGUAACAGUCUGUUUAGCUGGGUUAGUAACAGUAACAGUCUGUUUAGUUAUGGUUAGUAACAGUAACAGUCUGUUUAGCUGGGUUAGUAACAGUCUGUUUAGCUGGGUUGAAACAGUCUGUUUAGCGGGGUUUUUAGUAACAGUCUGUUUAGCUGGGUUAGUAACAGUCUGUUGUUUAAGGAGGGUUAGUAAACAGUCUGUUUAGCUGGGUUAGUAACAGUAACAGUCUGUUUAGCUGGGUUUAGUAACAGUCUGUUUAGCUGGGUUAGUAACAGUCUGUUUAGCUGGGUUAGUAACAGUCUGUUUAGCUGGGUUAGUAACAGUAACAGUCUGUUUAGCUGGGUUAGUAACAGUCUGUUUAGCUGGGUUAGUAACAGUACGCCCCCUGUUUAGAUGGGUUAGUAACAUUAACAGUCUGUUUAGAUGGGUUAGUAACAGUAACAGUCUGUUUAGCUGGGUUAGUAACAGUAACAGUCAGUCUUUUAGCUGGGUUAUGACGUACAGUCUGUUUGCUUGGGUUAGUAACAGGAAUAAACAGUCUGUUUAGCUGGGUUUAGUAACAGUCUUUUGUUUUAGCUGGGUUAGUAACAGUCUGUUUAGCUGGGUUAUUAACAGUAACAGUCUGUUUAGCUGGGUUAGUAACAGUAACAGUCUGUUUAGCUGGGUUAGUAACAGUCUGUUUAGCUGGGUUAGUAACAGUAACAGUCUGUUUAGCUGGGUUAGUAACAGUCUGUUUAGCUGGGUUAGUAACAGUCUGUUUAGCUGGGUUAGUAACCAGUCCUGUUUAGCUGGGUUAGUAACGUCCUGUUUAGCGGGGUUAGUAACAGUAACAUCUGUUUAGGCUGGUUAGUAAGCAGUUUAACAGUCUGUUUAGCUGGGUUAGUAACAGUCUGUUUAGCUGGGUUAGUAACAGUAACAGUCUGUUUAGCUGGGUUAGUAACAGUCUGUUUAGCUGGGUUAGUAACAGUCUGUUUAGCUGGGUUAGUAACAGUCUGUUUAGCUGGGUUAGUAACAGUAACAGUCUGUUUAGCUGGGUUAGUAACAGUCUGUUUAGCUGGGUUAGUAACAGUCUGUUUAGCUGGGUUAUGUAACAGUCUGUUUAGCUGGGUUAGUAACAGUAACAGUCUGUUUAGCUGGGUUAGUAACAGUCUGUUUAGCUGGGUUAGUAACAGUAACGUUGCUGUUUUUAAAAAGUCUUGGGGUUAGUAACGGGGUAACAGUCUGUUUAGCUGGGUUAGUAACAGUCUGUUUUAGCUGGGUUGUAAGUUUUUUAGCUGGGUUAGUAACAGUUCUGUUUAGCUGGGUUUAGUAACAGUCUGUUUAGCUGGGUUAGUAACAGUAACUGUUUAGCUGGGUUAGUAACAGUAACAGUCUGUUUAGCUGGGUUAGUAACAGUCUGUUUAGCUGGGUUAGUAACAGUCUGUUUAGCUGGGUUAGUAACAUCGUUUAGCUGGUUAGUCUCUGUUUAGCUGGGUUAUAACAGUCUGUUUAGCUGGGUUAGUAACAGUAACAGUCUGUUUAGCUGGGUUAGUAAAGUCUGUUUAGAUGGGUUUAAAGUUUUUAAGCUGGUUAUAAACAGUCUGUUUAGCUGGGUUAGUAACAGUCUGUUUAGUAACAGUCUGUUUAGAUGGGUUAGUACGGGUUAGUAAACAGUCUGUUUAGAUGGGUUAGUAACAGUAACAGUCUGUUUAGCUGGGUUAGUAACAGUCUGUUUAGCUGGGUUAGUAACAGUCUGUUUAGAUGGGUUAGUAACAGGCUGUUUAGCUGGGUUAGUAACAGUAACAGUCUGUUUAGCUGGGUUAGUAACAGUAACAGUCUGUUUAGCUGGGUUAGUAACAGUCUGUUUAGCUGGGUAGUACAGUAACAGUCUGUUUAGCUGGGUUAGUAACAGUCUGUUUAGCUGGGUUAGUAACAGUCUGUUUAGCUGGGUUAGUAACAGUAACAGUCUGUUUAGCUGGGUUAGUAACAGUCUGUUUAGCUGGGUUAGUAACAGUAACAGUCUGUUUAGCUGGGUUAGUAACAGUCUGUUUAGCUGGGUUAGUAACAGUCUGUUUAGCUGGGUUAGUAACAGUCUGUUUAGCUGGGUUAGUAACAGUCUGUUUAGCUGGGUUAGUAACAGUCUGUUUAGCUGGGUUAGUAACAGUCUGUUUAGCUGGGUUAGUAACAGUAACAGUCUGUUUAGA